CUAUAAAUAUAACCAACAUCUCUCUCCACUUCUUCAGACAAAACCAAACCCAUUUGGACUUCCUUUGUAUUAAUCCUCACAAUUUUGAAAAGCUUUUGAGAAAAACUCCUCAAAUAUUAGUUUUUGUUCUAAUAUCUCAUCAAAAUCCUUUUUUAAAAGUCGAAUUUCUUGCCUUAAACAAUAUACUUUCACACUGGAAGGAGAAAAAAAAAUGGUAAGACCACCUUGUUGCGAAAAGAAUGGAGUGAAGAAAGGGCCAUGGACACCAGAGGAAGACAUCAUCUUGGUUUCUUACAUUCAAGAACAUGGUCCUGGAAACUGGAGAUCUGUCCCAACGAACACAGGUCUAAGGAGAUGUAGCAAGAGCUGCAGAUUGAGAUGGACUAAUUAUCUUCGACCCGGUAUUAAGCGUGGAAAUUUUACUGAGCAUGAAGAGAAGAUGAUUGUUCAUCUUCAAGCCCUUUUAGGCAACAGAUGGGCAGCCAUAGCAUCAUACCUUCCAGAAAGAACUGACAAUGAUAUAAAGAACUAUUGGAACACCCACUUGAAGAAGAAGCUCAAGAAGAUCAACGAAUCUGGUAGAGAAGAUAAUGAUGACUUCUCUUCAUCAAACACUAUUUCACAGAAGCAACAACAAACCUCAAACAAAGGUCAAUGGGAGAGAAGACUCCAGACAGAUAUCAACAUGGCAAAGCAAGCUCUUUGUGAGGCUUUGUCUUUAGACAAAGAACCAUCAUCAACACUUUCUCCAUCAUCAUUGUCAACACCAGUAAUCAUACCACAAAACAUCCCUAGCUUCUCAUCAGCUCUACUUGACCGUUGUUAUGAUCCAUCCUCUUCUUCUUCCUCUACCACAACCACAACCACCACUACAAGCAACAAUACUAAUCCAUACCCAUCAGGGGUAUAUGCGUCAAGUGCUGAGAACAUCGCUCGGUUGCUUCAAGAUUUCAUGAAAGAUACACCAAAAACAUUAACUUUAACAUCCUCAUCACCAGUUUCUGAGACCGGACCACUUGCUUCAGCAACUUCCGAAGAAGGUGGAGAAGGGUUUGAACAAUCUUUCUUUAGCUUCAAUUCCAUGGAAGAAACUCAAAAUUUGACUCAGGAGACUAGCUUCUUCCAUGACCAAGAGAGUAAACGGGCGGUAACAAUGGAGCAAGAUUCUGGUUUGAUAUCGCAAGGAUCUUUGUCUUUGUUGGAGAAAUGGUUAUUUGAUGAAAACAUGGUUGGUAUGUCGUUAGGACAAGAAGCGAUGAUCUAGAACGAAAUCAAGUGGAAUAAUUUGAGGGCAUAAUUAGUUAUGAGUUAUAACAAAUAUUACUAUAACCAGUAAUAUAUAUCUAUCCUCUUUAUUGCAUCAGGGCUUUAGAGUCUUUAGUAGCUUUUAGCUCUACAACACUCUUUAUUCCCUUUUGCUGAUAUAAUCUUUCUUUUUUUUGCUUUUCAAUUGUAUGUUUCUGAACGUAACUCAAAAGGGUUAUGAUCUUUAAUAAUGUAAUGUGUUUGUACUUUGUGGCGCUUA